GAUCCGGGAGGCGCUUGAUGUGAUUUUGGCGCUAGUUUGAUGUCAGUGUGCGACAGAAGACGGACAGAGAGAGACACUCAGAGACACUCAAAGGACUCCAGGACGAGAGACAACACUCUGCUGUCCGCUGGGAAGACUUCUCACAACUUUAUAAAGAGACUGAACACAAGAUGCCCGGCACACUCUCUCACGGUCAGGCUCAGCCCACGCUGCCGUUCCCUCGCCGCAAAUCCUGCAGAGUUUCAUCGCGCUCCAAGACGCCGCUGCUGGAAAAGUCUCCGGCUCCGUCGCCGACCGAGCCCGGACCCCGGCGGCACCUCUCCCCGGCCGUGACCCGGAUCGGACCGCUGUCCCCGAGGCGUCCCGCUGUCCGGCUCACCCCGCUCUCCCCCAGAAGGCCAGUCGCCCCCCCAUCUCCCCUCUCACCCAGACGCCCUGCGGUCCAGCCGUCAUCCCCGAGUCUCCAGACACGACUUCCACUCAGCCCCCGAAAACGUACAGGUGACGACAACGGAUGUAACCUUGGCGCCACCCUGCUGGGUUCGCCGCCGAAGCAGAGCAAGCCCACGCCGGCUUCGCCCAGAAAGCUCUGCUUCGACGAGAACUCGCCCGUCUCGGCUCGCCGACGGCUGGUCCCGUCCUCGUCGCCACGGCAGCCGCUCUCCCCCGCCACCGCAUCGUCUCCGAGGCGACAGGAAACGCCCGCUGGAAGCCCGGCCCGCCAAAACUCAGAGAGGAAGCCGCCGGUCGCUCGGCUCUUUGCAGAAAAGUCGAGGUUUCUGAGCGUGAAGCAGGCGCUCCACACCGCCGUCCCCGAGCGGCUCCUGUCCCGGGAGGCAGAGCGGGCGUCCAUUCGAUCCUUCCUGGAGGAGAAGGCCCUGCGGCGCCUCCCCGGCAGCCUCUACAUCUCUGGAGCUCCGGGCACCGGCAAGACGGCCUGCCUCAACUGUGUGCUGCAGGAGAUGAAGGCGGAGCUGUCGGCGGUACAGACGGUGUUGGUGAACUGUAUGAGUCUGCGGAGCUCCCACGCCAUCUUCCGGCUGCUGGCCGACAGGCUGAGAGCGCCCGGCGGGCAGAACGGACUGCAGAGGUUCCUGUCGGCGCCGGGGCCCGCUGUGCUGCUGGUUCUGGAUGAGAUGGACCAGCUGGACAGUAAAGCUCAGGACGUCCUCUACACCAUCUUUGAGUGGCCGUACCUGCCCGAGUCUCGCCUCUGUCUCGUCGGUAUCGCCAACGCUCUGGAUCUGACCGACCGCAUCCUGCCCCGGCUGCAGGCUCGCCCUCACUGUCGCCCCCUGCUGUUACACUUCCCUCCCUACAGCCGGCAGGAGCUUGCCGCCAUCGUCCAGGACCGGCUCUCUCAGGCGUCGGCUGAAGGGAUCCUGGACGCCUCGGCGGUUCAGUUUUGUGCCAGAAAAGUGUCGGCGGUGUCGGGAGACGCCAGGAAAGCUCUGGACAUCUGCAGGAGAGCCGUGGAGGUCGUGGAGUCCGAUGAGAGGAAGAAGGCGUCGGAUCCAGAAGCUGAAACUAAAGCGUCGCGGGUCAGCCUUCCUCAGGUGGCUCGAGUGCUGUCGGAGGUUUACGGUGACCGAAUGGCGUCUCAGUGCGGCGGCGACGGAGAGAGUUUCCCGCUGCAGCAGAAGCUGCUGGUCUGCUGCCUGCUGCUGCUCACACGCAACGGAAAGAGCAAAGAGAUCGUCCUCGGAAAGCUCCAUGAGGUUUACAGCCGUCUGUGCGCCCGGCGGCAGGUUUCUGCCGUCGCUCAGGGAGAGUGUUUGUCUCUCUGCAGCCUGCUGGAGAGUCGAGGAAUCUUCUCUCUGAAGAAAGCCAAAGAGGCUCGACUCACUAAGGUGUUUCUAAAGAUCGAAGAGAAGGACGUUGAAAACGCUCUGAAGGAUCGAACGCUGCUGGGAAGCAUCCUCGCUGCAGGACUCCCCUCCUGAUCUCACUCUGACCUUUUAUCAAUUGUUUCCAAUUAUUUUAUUAUUUUUUUUAAUUCUCGUUUUUGCUGAGAAUUUGUAGUUUUUUUAAAAUGAAAACUUUAUUUGUUUUCUUUCAUACUGAUUUUUGAGUUUGUUGAUAAAUGUCUGAACUCAGGUCAGUUAUGAAAUUACAGCGUUUAGUUUCACUUUGGAUUUGAAACGUUUCCAUUUUUUAAUGCUGUAAAUAAACAAAUGUACAGAUGUUUUAA